AUCAAUUUUGGAAUUUUAGGUUAGAAAAUCUAAACAUCCUAUAAAAUAUUUAAUUAUUUACAGAAAAUAUUCAUUUUAAAAGAAAUUACUUACAUGAGUUACUGAUAAAAAGUUCAACAUGCUUUCCAGGUUAAGAGUAAAGCCUAGGCUAAGUUACUACAUUCGAUGUGUAUCCGACAAACCGCCAGCGAAGGAUGGUGAAUUACCAAACACAGAACCAGAAAAGCCUAAGGAUGAUAAAAACUUCAAAUCUAGUACAGAGAAAAUACAGAACCUUCUAAAAAGUAUGUUAGAAAAACCAGUCAUAUCAGAAAAUGAAUACCGAGAUAAAUUUACAACAGCUCCAGAGAGGAAAAGGAAACAGUCAGAUAUUAUUCAUGCAAAAACAGAGAAAAUUGAGGAAAAUAUCACAAAAGCAGCAGGUGAAGUAGCAAAAGCAAUUGGAGGGAAUGUUAAACAAACAGAAGCUGAGCUGCUCUCCAAAGUUCUCGGGAAAAUCAAUCAGACUUCUACCAGCCUCAGUGACCUCAUAGUUGGUAUGAAGGUAGACAGAUCGAGAGAGUCAGAUGACACCUUAAAGAUAGAAACUCGCGGCCAGCAGGUCAAGAGGAUCGUGGGGAAAUCCAGCCGAGACACAAGAUAUGGACAGCGCCAACAAGAGAGAGCAGAGCAAAGAAAACAGCACAGUUUACCAAAAGUGACAACAGUGGACAUAUUUAAUGGUGAGCCGCUGGGUAUAUUCACGCCAAGGGAAGCGAACUACGGCACCAAGCUCGACGUGUGGGAGCAGCUGAACCAGAGGGAACUGGCGCUGGCGACGUCGCAGCCCCCCGCCAACUACUUCCAGAAGAUGAUCAUGUGGACCGAACAGGGCAAAGUCUGGAAGUUCCCUAUUGAUAAUGAACAAGGUAUUGAGGAGGAGCAGAAUGUCCACUUCUCCGAGCACAUAUUCCUUGAUCAGCACCUCGAGGGCUGGUGCCCGACCCGGGGCCCCAUACGGCACUUCAUGGAGCUGGUCUGCGUGGGCUUGUCCAAGAACGCCUUCUACACUGUCCAGGAGAAGAAGGACCAUAUUAUGUGGUACAAGGAGUAUUUUGAGUCCAAGAAAGAUUUACUCAAUGAGAUCGGCGCCUGGGACCAACCGCAACAAGUUACGGAGGCAUCAACGUGAAUAGAAGUUAAUAGUUAUGUAGUAGCUUUAUACAGUUUGUUACAAAACAAAGUGAUAAUACUUUAGGGUAUAAAUGUAUCUCUUGUAUAGUUUAGUGAUGGUCGAUGAGUAACUAACUCGAGUUGGGCUUAACUCAACCCACUCGAGUUGAAUUCUCUGACUCGAGUUCAUAAACUGCCAAAAAUACAUAAAUAAAUGAUUAUAUUUCAAACAAUAAUUUUC